GGUAAUUUUUUCCACUAAGAUAUCAACGACAUGUUGUGAGGAAAGACGAAAUUUCCCCUUCCGACACGUCGGGCGAUGUUUAAACACUGCUACCUACCGACACAUUUCUCCCUUCGCACUGCGCAGCAUCAAAUUUAGAGCUGAAAUCAUAGUUGAAGAAGACAUUGGAACCCCGAAACCACAUCAUCCAUGGAAGCGCUGAGGAAGCAGCUGUUGACGGGCUUGAUUAUUCUCACACUUUUCGUUUCAGGUUCGAGAGGUUGGACCGGGGCAAUCCAUGGCCGAGUUAUCUGCGAUGUCUGCGGCGAUUCUUCCAUUGGCCCAGAAGACCAUGUUCUUGAAGGUGCUGAAGUAGCAGUUCUUUGCAUUACAAGAUCGGGAGAAGUUCUAAAUUACCAAGCAUUUACCAACGCCAAGGGUAGAUACACUGUUGCAGAGACCAUGUCGGAAAGUGACCGUUGGGAUGCAUGCCUCGCUCGGCCGAUCAGCAGUUUCCAUGAACACUGCACCCAUCUUGGCGCCAAUAGCUCAGGUGUGAAGUUCAGUUACAAUCAUCCAUCUGGUCACUCUCAUACUAUCAGGCCUUUUGUCUAUCGUCCGAGCAGCAUGCCAACAUACUGCAUCUGACACAUUUUGAAUAGGGGCAACAAGGUUGUGAGGUUGGUAGACAAGAAUUUAGUUUUAUUUUGAAUAGGGGCAACAAGGUUGUGAGGUUGGAAGACAAGAAUUUAGUUUUCUUAUGAAAAAAAUGUUAUCUGCUAUAUUCUGGUUUUAAUGUAAACCUCAGUCUGUUUAUAUCAACUUUUUGUUAUGAUGUACAUCAAUUAGACCCAUUGUUAUGAUAGAUUUUGAAAAAUAUCAUCCGGAUGAUAUUGAUUCUCAUAUCGAUAAUACAGUUUCCAUUCUGUCGCUGCA